AUGCUUCGUGGAAAGUCGCUCCGCCUGGCUCAGGUAUUACUUACUGUAGCCCCCGCAUUCAUCACCUACGGAUACAAUCAAUCCGGAGUUGCACCGCUUGCCAGUCUGCAGUCAUGGGUCUCCACGUUUCCAGAGAUUGACACGACAAAUACCGAAGGCGCGAUUAAGGAGAGAAACUCCACGAGGAAAGGUGCAGUGAUUGCGUCUCUUCAGUUGGGGGCUCUUGUGGGAGCACUUUCUUGCACGUACUUUGGAGAUCGCUAUGGUCGACGCAAAACUAUUUUCAUGGCCUCUGUUAUCACUAUCAUUGGGGAGCUUCUGCAAACAUCAGCCUACGGGAUUAUCCAGUUUACGCUGGGCCGUGUUAUCCUUGGAAUAGGCAUCGGCCAGCUAAGCGCAACUGUUCCGGUAUGGCAAGCUGAAUGCAGUUCUGCCAAAAACCGUGGACAGCAUGUCGUGAUUGAUGGAGUUUGUAUGGUGCUUGGUUUUGUGAUUACAAAUUGGGUUGACUAUGGCUUCAGCAAGACUACUGGUGAGACACAAUGGCGGGUCCCGUUAGCACUGUCCUUCAUUUUCCCCUUGAUCAUUGUUGGGUCCGUCUUUCUACUUCCCGAAUCACCACGCUGGCUCGCCUUUGUCUCUAGAAAGGAAGAAGCCAUGCAGAGUCUUGCGGCGUAUCGGGGUCUUCCGGUCGAUGAUGAAGCUGUACAAUCAGAGAUUGCUGGUAUAGAGUCAUCAUUGGAACUCGCAGCGCAAUCAAAAAGCCUCACUCUGCGCGAGCUUUUCUUGGGGAAUGACGAGGAACGUCUCCUGUAUCGCUUUGGUCUGUGUCUAUUGAUACAAUUCUUCCAACAAAUGUGCGGUGGCAACCUAAUCUCCACUUACAUCUCAACGAUCUUUGAAGAAAACCUCAAAUUGGAUGCAGAACUGGCCAGAAUUCUAGGAGCAAGUGCUCUUACAUGGAAAUUUGUCUGCAAUUUUAUCCCUUUUUUUGCAAUCGACCGUCUGGGCCGACGCAAGCUGUUUAUCUUCAGCGGGGCUGGCAUGUGUCUCUGUAUGACAGUCUUGGCCAUCACAACCAGCUUUGGCAAUGCCGGUACAAGCCUGUCAAUCGUCUCUGUGGUCUUUAUUUGGCUGUUCAACAUGUUCUACCCAAUUGGGUUCUCCGGGGCCAACUUCGUCUAUUGUACCGAGGUCGCUCCCAUGCGGCUACGUGUUGCCAUGGCGGCUGCAUCAACCGCAAAUAAGUGGCUUUGGAACUUCGUUGUGGUGAUGAUAACCCCUGUUGCUCUCGACACGAUCGGGUGGAGAUACUAUAUCCUCUAUGCCGUGAUUUCAGCCUGCAUUCCUGUUAUCGUUUAUCUGUUCUAUCCUGAGACAAUGGGACGCAGUCUGGAGGCCUUGGAUAAUAUUUUCCGUGAUGCUCCUUCCACAUGGCAUGUUGUAUCCAUGGCGAGGAAGCUUCCUCAGGGCGAUAUGGCAGAUUUAAUAACGCAAGGAGAAAGGGAAAAGGGGAUUGCUGAUCACAAGGAGCAUGCUUGA